CAAAAUAACAUGUUGUGACUAAGCUGCAAGUGCAGCAUAAAGCCUGCAUUGUUAACUGCACCUUAGAUACAAGCGUCAGACUUUAAAAAAAUGGAGAUUACAGUAAACAAUGAGAAAAAACAAAAAUAUCAAAAUUUCAAUGGAACGUUUCGCUAUUGCACUUUUGCUUUAGCCAUCGCACUUAUUUAUCCCAACCCGAGUCGGCGCGUAAAAAAGAUAAAAUUUAUGGUGUUUUGUUUGAUCAUACUCUCUGUGUCCUUUGUACUGCUAUGGUUCAUCAGCUAUCUCUAUUUCUGUUACAUCGCUCGUGAUAUGUUCAACUUCACCAGAAACAUGACAGUUGGAAUCGUCAUCUUUCUCUUCUUCUUCAAAACAUUUUAUCUGAACUAUAAAUCAGAUGGAUUUGGUGUCGUCAUGGACGCCAUUAGCGACGACCUCGUGAAAGCCAACGACAUGGACGAAGUAUACCAAGAAAUCUUCGACACAUACAUAAAGAAAGGGCUGGUCGCACAAAUGAUAUGGAUCUUCAUUCCAAUAGUGCAGACGUGUAUAUUCCCCGUGCACGCUGGGCUGACAAUGUUCUUUAACCUCAUAAACGAGGUCCCCCAGCCGAGGGUGAUGGUGCUUGAAAUGGACAUCCUGAUGGUCCGCAGCAAGCAGAUGGAGUCGCCGUGGUUCGAGAUAGUGUGGUUCUACACGAUCCUUGGCGGAUUUGUGCUUUUCCCCAAUUUUAUCGGCUUCGACGGAUCGUACUGCAUCAGUGUCAACCAUUUGUGUUUGAAACUGAGGGUGUUGACUGAGAAACUGCGCAGAGCUUUCGCGGAGACAACAACUGACGAGCAAUUAGAAAAGAGGGUCAAAGAGGUUAUUAAGGAGCACCAAGCCUCGCUAGUGUAUUACAACCUGCUGCAAGAUGUGUUCGGCGGGUGGAUGUUUGUUGUGUUCUUCAUCACCUCCCUGGAAAUCACUUUUAAUCUGUACCAACUGUCUCUGGGCGGCAUGGAUCCAAAGUAUCUCAUUUUUGCGUUUAGUACUGUGGUCCACAACUUCGUACCUUGUUAUUUUUGCACGAGACUGAUUGAGCACGGCGACGACUUCUGCGAGGCUCUGUACAUGAUGCCGUGGGAGGCGCGCCACUGCCAGUCGGUGACGCGCGCGCUCGCGUUCAUGAUCGCGCGCACGCAGGGCCCGCUGUUCCUGACGGGAAUGGGGAUGGUCACUUUCAAUAUGGAGCUCUUUGUGUCGGUCAUGCAAUCUUCUUACUCCUUCUUCACGCUGAUUCGGGACUAGAUUUGUAUUUUUUGCACAAUUAUAUUAUUUUAAAA